AUGGAGCUGUUGCGCACCUUUGCCAGUGAAUCUUCAAUCCAUGGACUUGCCCAUUUGGUGCCACGGAGCAGUGGCCAGCGUGGCAACACCUCGAUCCACUGGGUGGAAAAGGUAUUCUGGUUGGUGGUGCUGUUGUUCUCCGUUCUUUGCUCCAUUAGCCUGUGCAACAGCCACUGGCAGCGGUUCCGUGACAAUGCGACCGUACUGAACGUUGAAACGGACUAUCUUAGCUGGGUAUUCCGGCCACCGGCGGCCACCGUUUGCUCCAAUCAUGUGACGGAGGAGAAGUUGAACAAUCUGCUCGCCAGCCAUUGGCAGGUGACGAAGGAGCAUACCGAUUACUCGUACUACCGCCAGUACCUGCAGACGGUGGCCGAAGCACGGUUCGACAGUCUGGCGGCCUUCAAACCGUACGCCAACGAUGCAACGUUGGUCAACGUCAGUGUGGUGGAGUUGGUGCGCCAACUGCACCUACCACUGACGCCACCGUGGAAGACUUUCGUGCCAGUGAUGACGGAGGUAGGCAUUUGCUACUCAUCGACCGCGCUCUACCGCUUUCAGGCCCCCGAAGACGCGAAUGUGACCACGGCGAACUACACCAGAGAACGGAAUGCCGAUUGCUACACGCUGGAUGUGUGCCGUACGAUGGUGGCCAUUCCGCAUACUGACGCCGUGAGGAACCUUGUAUACAUUCACAUCGAGCAGGACGUCAUGACGGGUGAUACUCCGAUCAGUUACGAGGUGAGAGAGCACGACAUCGUCAGCUCGGUACUGUCCGUCGAGCAGAUUGUGGCCUCCAGGGCCCUGAAGCAGUUGCGGCUUCGACGACGCAAGUGUCGCCUGCCAACGGAGGCUCUCCCGUACUUCAGUGUUUACACCAUCAAUUUAUGUCGGAUAAACUGCCGGAUCGAAGCCGCCCUUCGGCUCUGCGACUGUGUUCCCUUCUUCUAUAACGUUGGUAAACCUGCGUGCAAACCGGCCGGACUGUACUGUCUGGCGAUUAACUUCGAGCGCUGGUACCCACCGGCCACCAACUGUAGCUGUAUGCCACUGUGCGAGUCCGUCACCUACCAGCAGGUGUCGGUCCGGAGGAAGGUGGUGGAGCAGGCCAACAGUAAGCUCGAAACACUAAUCAUCUACCCCCGGAUGCGGAUGAAGCGUGACGUUCUUUUCGACAUCAGCAAUUUGAUCGUUUCGUUUGGUGGCUGUGCGGCACUGUUUCUCGGCUGUAGCUUCAUCAGCUUCGUAGAGAUUGUUUUCUUCGUGCUGGAGUACCUGUUCCAGCGACUGCACGCCAUUUAUGUGCAAAGGCAGCAGCAUCGGCGAACAGGAAGAUUGUGA